AUGUAUCAUAGAAUAUUAUUUGAUGACGAGACGUCGGGAAAGUGGCGUCCCCAUCGCCCAGUGCCCUUAAUUGGGAGCUGCAAUAGCCUCACUCUGGUCUUAGGUGAUCGGAGUGGUCUGGCCCUCCAGGAAUCCAACAUUUUGCCUCGGAACAGAGUAACGGAAUCAAGACUGGAAAACUGGAAAUCGGCUCUACGUUUUGGAACAUGGAAUAUACGGACUUUAUAUCAACCAGGAGUAGCCUUAACAUUAGUUAAGGAAUUUAAUAAAUAUAGGUUAGAGAUUUUAGCUAUACAAGAAAUAAGGUGGAGCGGACAAGGCUCUACAGAAAUAGGGAACUCGAUAAUUUUCUUCGGUCAAUGUGACAAUCGCAGACAAGGAGGCACCGGCUUUAUCGUUAAAAAGAAUAUAGCAUCUGCAAUUAAAGAUUUCAAAGUAGUGAACUCCAGACUGACUAUCCUCAUAGUGGAGGGAAAAUUCUUCAACCUUGCAUUUGUCAAUGUACACGCAUCAUCUGAAGAUAAAAGCGAUGAAGAAAAGGAGGAAUUUUACACUUUGUUGGAAUCUACUUUAGAGGGAAUACCCAGAUAUUGCAUUAUAAUCUUAUUAGGAGAUUUUAAUGCAAAGAUUGGUAAAGAAGAGUGCGUCAAAACAACUACCGGGUCGAAUAGUUUACAUCAGCUAUCAAAUAACAACGGAUUCAGACUAAUCGAAUUAGCUACAGGAAGGGGCUUAAAAAUAAAAAGCACGUCAUUUCCACAUAAGGAAAUACAUAAAGGUACCUGGAGGUCCCCAGAUGGCAGAUACAUUAACCAAAUUGAUCAUUUAUUAGUGAAUGCGAGAUUCUGCAAUAGUGUACUAGAUGUAAGGACCUUCCGCAAUGCGGAAUGUGGAUCUGAUCACUUCCUAGUGGUAGGGAAACUUAAAGUGAAACUGAAGAAAGCAAAAAAGAGAAAAGAAGAACAAACAGAACUCUUUGAUAUACAAAAACUAUGUGACCUUAAAAUUGGUGAAGAUUUCUGUAAGAAUAUAUCAAACGAGCUUAAUAAUGAACAUAUAGAUAACGAGAAUGAUGAUAUCGAAAGCUUAUGGUCUGUUAUAAGAAAUGUGAUCCGCGAAGCGACAAAAAAAAACAGUUGGGAAACGACGAUUUAUGAGGAAUCCGUGGUUUAA